GGUGGAUCUGGGGCCACGGCGGGGAGCUGGGGGUGCCACACGGUGGCCCGGCAGCGCGAACGGUGUCACAGAAGCAGAGUCCCCUGGGGGCCCGCGCGGCUGCCGUCUCCUGCUCCACUGAGCGCGGUACGAUGCUUCCACAGCUCCUGCUGCUGCUGGCGUUGCUGGGCCCGGGCUGCGGCCUCCCUCUGGGGGACCCCUGGAGGAAUGGAGCCAAGGCAGCCCCGGGCCCCGUCCCUGCCCGCAUCCGGAGACAGGUGGCCCUGGACGAAGAACAGGAUGAGGAUUAUUUCCCGGUAGACACGGACCCACCGGAAACACUGGGCAACCACACCAGGGUCCUGGGGGCAGACACUGAGCCUCUGACUGCCACAACCACGCUGGGACAAGGGGCUUCUGCAGGACCCGGAACCCCUGAUCCAGCCACCGUGGAUGCUGCCACUGGGGGGUCUGUGAGCCCCCGUGCAGGGCACAGUGCAGGCGGGACACAGUGGGGACCAGUCUCAGCGGGCUGGGCCACGGAACUGACAUCUGCAACUGUUUCCACCGUGGUGGCUCCAACCACAGACGAAAUCUUGUCCACGGGACCCACAGCCACCGAGACAGAGACCAUACAACCAGCAUCCACGGAAGCACAGACCAUGCCACCAGCAGCCACAGAGGCAGAGACGAUGCAACCUGCAGCCACGGAAGCCAAGGCCACGCACACGGCAGCCACGGGGGCAGAGGCCGCCCCACCAGUGGCCACGGAGGCAAAGAUCACACGGCCACCGGCCACAGAGGUGCUGACCACGAAGCCCAUGGGCACAGAGGCUGUGUCCACAGAAGCCCCUUCCACAGUGGCCCUGUCCACAGAGCCCGGCACCACGAAGUCUCAGUCCACAGAACCCCCUGCCACUCUCGCCGCCGUCUUCAGGGGGAAAGACGCACCCCAGAACACGCUGGAGGCUGCCAGCAGCUCACCCGGCACAGACUGGAAGGCCGGGCAGGGGGUCCCCGCGGUGAGCUCCGUGGCCCCCAGUCCCACGGGGGCCUUGGAGCGCAUCCCCGUCAGACAGUGCCUGCUGGCCAUCCUCAUCCUGGCCCUGGUGGCCACCGUCUUCCUCGUGUGCACCGUGGUGCUGGCCGUCCGCCUCUCCCGCCGGAGCCACACGUACCCCGUGCGCAGCUACUCCCCCACCGAGAUGGUCUGCAUCUCGUCCCUGCUGCCCGACGCGGGCGAGGGGGCCCCCGCCGUGGCCAAUGGGGGGCUGCCCAGGGGCCAGUGCGGGAAGGCGGAGCCCCUAGAGGACCACGACGGCGAUAACCUCACCCUGCACAGCUUCCUCCCGUAGCCCCCCUGCUCCUCCGCCCGCGGGCGCCCCCUGUGGCCCGGCCGCAGCGGUGCAAGGCCACAGGUCUGGGCUUCUCGGAUGGACCCCCUCCCUCUCCCCGGGGUCCUUGGCUGCCCUAAGCAGAGACAAGGGUCUUGCAGCCAUGUGGGACUGGCCGGCAGAGCUACCUCCUCCUCCCUCCCGCCCCUGGGCCUGCAGGCCAAGGACCCUGGCAGGCGCCAUGUUGCCUGGACAGGCCCUCUCCUUGCUUGUGUCUCUGGUCUCCCUCGUGCACCCCACGCCUGCCCACUUCCCUCCUUGUCCAGGUCACUCAGCAGGAAGGAAGGGUCACGUGGACAGGUGGCCGUGUCCUGCUCCCUUACCCCCCCAAGGGACAGCUGGGGUCCUCCUGGCACCUCUCUGGGUGGCCCAGGAUGAGACCCCUGCCUGGGAGGGGCGGGUGGGUUUAGGGGAGACCCUCUUUUGGGAUCAGCGUCCAUCUGGUGGCAGAGUGACCCCAUCCGGCCCUUGGGGACCCUGGCCUUAUACGCCGCACAACCUCCCAGUCGCCCAGGCAAAGCGGCAGCAAAGGCGUUUAGAACUCUAUGAGCGGGUAGACUUCGUGAAGAAGGGCAACAGAUUCGUUCAGGAGAUUCGUCAGAGCCCAGGGCCCCCUGCAGAACUUUUUAUUUUUAUUAUUAUUAUUUUGCCAGUCCCAAGGCUUGAACUCAGGGCCUGGGGCCAUCCCUG